AUGUCUAAUACAGACUCCAGUGAUACAGAUGAUAUUCUAACAUUUGUACUGGAAUCCAAGGGGUUUUUCCACACUGCCGGCUGUGAGAUUAGAAGAUCUGAUUAUGGUGGUUUAGGAGUGUUUGCAUUAAAGGAUUUGAAGGAGGACACUGUACUCCUUAGGAUUCCGAAAUCUUCUGUUUUCACUGCAGAAAAUAGUAGCAUUGCCAAUCUACUGGUUGAUAGCGAGGUAAAAGGCAUGUUGGCAUUAAACAUUGCAUAUAUUUAUGAAGUAUUCAUAUUUCAAGUUGAAAGCCAUUGGUACAAAUAUUUGAAGAGCAUUUCACACAGACAAAAUGGGAGUCUAUAUCUUCCACCGGCAUACUGGGAAGAUAAUGAGAAAAUUUUGCUGAAGAAUACUGCAUUGGAUGUUGUAUUCGAGGCGUUGUCUCCACAAGAAGAGAUAGAAAAUGGUUUCAAAGUUGGUAUUGCAUUAUCCCGUAAGUGGAACGAAGAAUUUGGGCUGAAAAUACCGUAUUUGUUCGACUUCAAUUUAGAAGAUCAGAAGCAAGUCUCUUCGAAUUUUAAAGAAUUUGCUGCUAUAGCAUUCGCCAUAUCGUCAAGAGUAUUUGAGAUCGACAACUAUCAUGAUUCUGGAUUAGUUGCCAUAGCAGACCUUUUUAACCAUCACGCAACGAGGCCCGACGUAAGGUUUGAGAGCAUGUAUGAUGUGUGCGAUAUGUGUGGGGAAUUAGGGGAUUGCAAGCAUGUGAUUGCUGAGACGAAGGCAUUGGAUAUGGAGAUGGAACAGAGAACUCAAAGAAUAACACCAAGGGAAACCGGGACAAUAAGCUUGUCAGUUAUUGAAGAGUUAGAAAGAGAAUUAGACCCUUCAGAUUCAGAAUCUGUGGAGGAAACUGUUUCUGAUGAGAAUGCAGAAGAAACUCCUGAGGCAAUAAUGCCCAAGAACAUUGAUACUGAUGAAUGUGUAGAUAUCAUUCUUUCAAACGAUGUCAAAGCGGGAGAAGAAAUAUUCAACUCGUAUGGUGACCAUUCCAACUCGUACCUAUUAGCCAGGUACGGAUUUUGCAUCGAGGAUAAUCCACACGAUGUAGUUGAUUUAUCGGAAGAGUUGGUGGAGUAUGGACAAAAGAAUUCCAAACGGAUUGGAGAUAGGAUGGAAUGGUGGGAGGAUGAAGUACAUGCGGUGUACAAAGAGUGGUACGAGGCAACAAGAGAGGAGUCAGAAGAGGAGGAAGAGGAGGAAGAGGGAGAAGAGGGAGAAGAGGAGGAGAACGAGAACGAGUCCCCAGCCUCCGACUCUGAUUCGACGUCCUCAGAACUUUCUUCGGAAGAAACCCCAGAAGAAAAUGACGCCUGGGGAUACGUCCACCUAAAACACUCCGGAAAACCGAAUGAUGUGCUCCUAGCUAUCUUGAACCUACUGACAAUGUCUCCAUCAAUGUACAAGAACCUUUCGAGCGCCAGAGGAGAUGUAGAGAAACUUGCCAAGAAACUACCACUGUUGGAAGCCAAACUAUCAGGCGACGGGAAAAGGUUACUGAAACAAAUAUGUGCUGCCAAGAAGUACGCAAAACUGCCGUCAGACCUUAAAACUUACAACUUGCAACAAAUAGAAUUACUGAUAAACUCUGAGAAGCAGAUCCUAAAUCGAGUCAGGUAG